UCUGGCAUUGUCGCUGGCACUGGGGCAUCCACCCAUGGGGCACAGAGAGCUGGUAUCGUCCUGAUCCCAUACCAGGCAGGAAGGCUCCUCGCAGGCAGGGAGGGCCACUAUGGGGAAGCCAGCCUCCUGCCCCUCCCUGCCCUGACCACGAGUCAGCCAACUCCCCAGCCUCCUGCCCCUUCCUGCACCCAGGUCUGAUCCAUGGGCCAGCCAGCCCCAUAACCUCCACCUCUCCCUGCCCCCAGGUCUGACCAUGGAGCAGGCCCCUCCCUGCCCCUGAGGUCUGACCCAUGGGCCAGUCCCCUAUACCCCCACCCCUCCCUGCCCCCAGAUCUGAUCCACCAGGUAGCCAGCCCCUUAUCCCCCCAUCACUCCCUGCCCCCUGGAGCUGACUCACAGGGCUCUACCAGCCCCCUAUUCCCUGCCCCUCCCUACCCCCGAGGUCUGACCCACUGGGUAGCUAGCCUCCUAUCCCUCCUGCCUCUCCCUCAGAUCUGACCCAUAGGCCCAGCCAGCCCAGUAUGCCCUGCCCUGUGUCAGACCCAUUCACACACCUUAGGGCUGGUCCCAGGCUGGAAGGCACCUUGAAGGAGAUGGGAGACUGGGCUCAGGACCCUGGCUGUCUGUGGCAGCGGGGCUCUCCCAAGCCAGGCGGUGCUGACCCCUCUCUUCCCCACAGCUUGGCCAUGGGACCCCCCAAUGAGCUGCUGCGGGGCCAUGCGGGCCCGGAGGCCUGGCGCAAUGAGGCCAAGGCCACAGUGCGGGCGGCGCAGCAGCUGCGGGGGCGCUGCUGGCGGGAGGCAGUGGCGCAAUGGCGCCCACCGCAGCCCCCAGGCCAGCCCCAGGAGACGCCCUACGAGCGCCGCACUCGGCUGCAGGGCUGGCGCUUUAAGCUGGACGUGACGGCGGCUGGUGAGAUGCUGGAGAAGCCACCCGAGGGGCCAGGCAUCACGCUGUGGAAGACCAAGAUGAAGCCCCCACCCUGGGUGAGCCAGCUGCCCCUGCCCUGCUUCCGAGACCACUGUGCCAGCCAGAGCAACGGGCUGGCCGCCCACUAUGCCAGUGCUGUGCGCCUGGUGGUCAGCCGGCUGCGCCAGGCACUCACCGAGCUCAACGAGCAGGCCAAGUGCCUCAACCUGUCACGCCAGCACCUCGAUGCCGCCCUGGCCAAGGUGCGUACCGCGCUGCUCACCAACCGGCAGAGUGCUCUGGUGCGCGGGCACCGGCCCCCGGCCGAGCAGGCCCCAGACCAGGUGGACACACUGCUGCGGUGGGAACGCAAGGAGCUGCAGAGGCUGAAGGUGGAGCUGGAAGGGCACAUGGACAUGUCGGAGGCGCACCUCAAGGCACUGAGUGGGUGCCGGCACACCCUGGGGGCACUGUGCCAGGAGCGGGGGCAGGUGCUGGAGCUGCUGGGGCAGCCGCUGCGCAUGGUGCUGCUGGAGGCCGAGCGUGACUCCUGGCUCAGCUUAAGCCGGCCCUCGUCCCCCUUCGUAAUGAGGAACCCCACCCCGGAGGCCAGCCCUGUUGGGCCCUACACGCCAGAGUGCGCGGUGGCCAUUGAGGAGGCGCGAUGCCUGACCCUGCGCUCCAAGGAGGUGCUGGCCACGCUCAGGGCAGCCACGGCCCAGGCCACGGCCACGCGCCACCAGGCCCAGUCUGCCCUCGAUGGCAGUCUGCAGCGCAAGAUGGACGAGACCCUGGCGCUCAAGGAGCGUCUCUACAUGGCACUGGGGGGCAUGCGCAGCACCCUGAACCGUUGCCAGCGCUUCCACGGGGAGCUGGGCAUCACCCAGGGAAUGACCAUGGGCCCUGAGUCCAGCCAGUACCUGGAGGCGCGGGAGAAGCUGAACCGGCCCCUGGUGCGGGUGUACCAGCACCAUGUGGGCACCCAACUGCCUGAGGCCCAGAUCCUCACCCAGGGCAGCGUGCUGCUGGAGCGUUCCCUGCAGAAGGCGGCGGCCAAUGUGCAGCAGAUGCAGGCCACCCAGCGGCACCUGCGUGCCUCCAUCCGCGACAAGCAGACGGGCUUCCACGUAGAUGCCAGCGUGCAGCGCCUGCGCCGCCGCCGCAUGCACCCCCGCAGCAGCCUGGGGGGGGCCUGCCAGCUGCUCUGCUCCUAGGGGGCCCCCACAGCCAGAGCACAAGAAUAAAAUCCCCAGAGACUUUUGACCUGCCCACGAGUGUUACCCCGCGCAGGGGGGAUGCAGGGCCUGGAGCGGGGCAGGCUGGGGAGG